AUGGUCAAACGGCCACGCUCCGACGACGACGAGGAAGAAGGGGAGGAAGAGGAGGAAGAGCUCGAGGGAGAGAUGCCCACCGCCAUCGAUCCCUACGAAGUCCUCUCCAUCAAGGACCGCUCUGCUUCACAAGACGACAUCAAACGCGCCUACCGCAAAGCUGCCCUCAAAUAUCAUCCCGACAAAGCGGCGGAAGCUGACAAGGCGACGGCACACACAAAGUUUCAAGAAGUCGCCUGUGCAUUCGCCGUGUUAUCCGACGAGCGGAGGCGUAGACGUUACGACUUGACUGGCAGUACGGAGGAAUCUCUCGAUUUGGAUGACGAUGACUUCAACUGGUCGGACUUUUAUCGUGGACUCUUCGACGAGAUGGUGACCGAGGAGAAGAUCAACGACUUUGCGACCGAGUACAAGGGCAGCGAGGAAGAGCGAGGCGCUGUAAUAGCAGCGUAUGAGAAACACAAGGGAAAAAUGACCAAGCUGUAUCAAGAAGUCAUGCUCAGUGACAUGGUUGACGACGAGGACCGCUUCCGUGAGAUCAUCGAUGCGGCGAUUGCGGCUGACGAGGUCGAGUCUUUCAAAGCUUACACAGAGGAGAGUGAGAAUGCACGGCGGAAGAGAAUCGCAAAUGCCAAACGGCAGAAGGGCGGAGAGGCUGGUGAGGCGGAGGCGCUCAAGAAGGAAAUGGAGAACAAGAAACAGAAAAGGGGUGGCAAUAAGGCGGAUGCCGGCGGAGGCUUGGACAGUCUUGCUGCAAUGAUUCAGGGACGACAAAAGGCGCGGGGAGCUGCCUUCGAUCGCAUCGAGGAGAAGUAUGGUGGGACGGCAAGGCAGAAGGGCCGCGAUGAGCCAUCUGAGGAAGCGUUUGCAAAGAAUGCGAAGAAGCCUUCUGCAAAAAGGGCAAAGAAGUGA